AUGGAAGAGCUAUGGUAUGAACAGUCUGCGCGGGACUGGAAUGAAGCCUUACCAGUCGGCAAUGGGCGUCUCGGCGCUAUGGUCUAUGGCCGCACGGACACGGAGAUGCUGGCGCUAAAUGAAGACUCGAUCUGGUAUGGAGAUGCCCAGGACCGCAAUCCCAGAGAUGCGCUCAAAUAUCUUCCCCAGUUACGACAGGCCAUUCGUGCUAGAGAUCAUGCAGAGGCCGAGAAGCUGGCCACACUUGCCUUCUUCGCCAAUCCGAUCAGCCAACGACAAUAUGAGCCCCUCGGUACUCUGUUUAUGGAUUUUGGCCAUAAGCCAGAUCAUGUCACUGAGUAUCGACGGUCGUUGAAUAUCGAGGAUGCCACAGCAUGCGUUGAGUACAACUACCAGGGACAUCAUUGGAAGAGGACGAUCUUCGCCAGUCACCCUGAUAAAGUCAUUGCUAUUCGUAUUACAUCUGGAGUCGAAUCUAGAUUUGUUCUCAGAUUGACUCGGAUGAGCGAGCUUGACUUUGAAACCAAUGAGUAUCUGGACGAUGUCUGCGCCAAUGGUGACUAUAUCAGGAUGCAUGUUACCCCAGGAGGCCGGGAUAGCAAUCGUGCAUGCUGCAUAGUGGCCGCUCACUGCUUGGAUAACACAGGGGAUGUCACAUCAAUUGGGAACAAUUUGGUCGUUAACUCCAAGGACACCGUGAUUCUGAUCGCUGCACAAACUACAUUCCGUCACUCAGACGUUGACCAGCGUACUUCACAAGACAUCAAAAAGGCUCUAGAUUAUCUCCGUCGCUCUUUUUCAGAGCUGCAUAGAAGACAUAUUGUGGACUAUCAGUCCCUCUUCGCCCGAAUGGAACUCCGAAUGACCCCUAGUCAUCCUGAUAUCCCAACCGACAAGCGUAUCCAGACGUCGCGAGAUCCUGGCUUGAUCGCCCUCUACCACAACUACAGUCGGUAUCUUCUAAUAUCCUGCAGUCGUAUAGGAGAUAAAGCCCUUCCUGCAAACUUACAAGGCAUUUGGAAUCCAUCAUUUCACCCAGCAUGGGGCUCAAAGUUCACCAUCAACGUCAAUCUACAAAUGAAUUACUGGCCCGCAAACAUCUGCAAUUUAGCUGAAUGCGAGCUCCCGCUCUUCGAUCUAUUAGAGAGAAUGGCUGAAUCAGGGAAAACCACAGCUCGAGUCAUGUAUGGAUGUCGUGGCUGGGCUGCCCAUUCCUGUACCGAUAUCUGGGCCGACACUGCCCCCGUCGAUCGAUGGAUGCCGGCAACUAUCUGGCCGCUCGGCGGUGCUUGGCUAUGCUAUCACAUUUGGGAGCGAUUUCAGUUUACCGGGAGUCAUGACUUUCUUCGACGGAUGUUCCCUGUUCUACGAGGAUGUGUGGAGUUUCUCGUCGAUUUCCUGGUUGAGGAUCAGACUGGAGAAUACCUCAUUACGAGUCCAUCUGUUUCCCCAGAAAACACGUUCUACGACAACGGACAGAAAGGUGUCUUGUGCGAAGGAUCCACAAUCGAUAUACAGAUUGUCAGUGCUGUUCUGGCUGCCUUUGAGUCAUGUGUCAAUGAGCUGGGCGUGGAAGAUCCUCUCGUAUCUGCAAUCAGGACUAUUCGCACCCGCCUCCCACCGAUGAAAAUCAGCACUUCGGGAUAUCUACAAGAGUGGGCUAUGGACUAUGAUGAGUUUGAGCCAGGACAUCGCCAUACUUCGCAUCUGUGGGCCUUGUACCCAGGCAACGCAAUCACGCCAUCGAAAACACCUGAGCUGGCAGAGGCAUGCGGCGUCGUGCUGCGCAGACGAGCCGAACAUGGCGGUGGACAUACAGGCUGGAGCCGAGCGUGGCUUGUCAAUUUGCAUGCUCGUUUACUUGAAGCUGAAGAAUGCAGCAAACACUUGAAUUUGCUUUUGUCUCACUCUACUCUUCCCAAUAUGCUGGAUAGUCAUCCGCCAUUCCAAAUUGACGGCAACUUUGGUGGGGCAGCGGGCAUCGUCGAGAUGCUCGUGCAAUCGCAUGAGCCAGGCUUGAUCCGGCUUCUUCCUGCAUGUCCGAACAGUUGGACUGGAUCCAUCCGCGGGGUAAAGGCACGCGGUGGAUUCGAAUUACAUUUUAGUUGGGAAAGUGGCCGUAUCGUUGGCCAGGUAAUGGUCAUUUCGCAAGGAAGUGAGACCAUUAUUUGUUUUCCUGGGAAGAAUGGGCGCAGGGUGAACAUCAAGGGAUCUGAUGCCUCUCGCGAAUAUCAUUUCAUCAAUGCAUAG